GCUUGCUUGCGGCGCAGGGCACUUUAGUCUGUCCCGUGAACGUUGUACUGGAAAGCGUUCGCAGAUCUUCGUUCCGCGGGUUUUGGGAGCUGACAUCAGCCUAAUAGCCACGUUAGGUGUAGAUUUGUAUUUUGUAUUGCCAAGAAAGCAAGGUUAGCAUGCUAUAUGUAGCAGCUGUUAGCUCAAUAACGUUAGCUCUAUUGCUUACAAUGACAUAGCAGUAUUACAGCGACUUGGCUGCUCGGAGUUCGUGAGAUUUAAUUAUGAAAAACAGUGACAGUACCCGUUCAAAAAGGUGUCGGCCCUGUGUCAGAAUAGCUCCCGCCUUCAACACGUUGAGUAACAAAUACCCACAGGUCGUCUUCCUCGAAGUAGAUGUUCACGUUUGUCAGGCAACAGCAGCCGCCAACAACAUCUCAGCCACGCCGACGUUCCUGUUCUUCAGGAACCGGGUUCGGGUGGACCAGUAUCAGGGGGCAGACUCUGCGGGUCUGGAGGAGAAGAUCAAACAGCACACAGAGAACGACCCGGGAAACAGCGAGGACUCCGACAUUCCAAAGGGAUACAUGGACCUCAUGCCUUUUGUCAGCAAAGCUGGCUGCGAGUGCCUCAAUGAGAGCGACGACUGCGGCUUCGAUAACUGCUUAAUCAAAGACUCCACCUACAUGGAGUCCGACUGUGAUGAGCAGUUGCUGAUUACUAUUGCCUUCAACCAGCCUGUGAAGCUCUUCUCUAUGAAGCUCCUGUCCUCUGAAUUUGCCCAAGCACCCAAGGUGGUGAAGGUGUUUAUCAACCUCCCCCGGUCGAUGGGCUUCGACGACGCCGAGCGGAGCGAAGCCACCCAGAGCCUGGAGCUUUCAGAGGAAGACUACAAAGACGAGGGUUUGAUCCCGCUGCGCUACGUCAAGUUUCAGAACGUGCAGAGCGUCACGUUGUUUAUCAAGUCAAACCAAGGAGACGAGGAGACGACAAAAAUCAACUACCUGACGUUCAUAGGCACUCCAGUACAGGCCACCAACAUGAGCGACUUCAAGAGGGUCGUGGGAAAGAAAGGAGAGAGUCACUGAGCAGGAGAACCAACGGGACGGCGAGAAGAAGAGGAAGAGAAGGCUGCAGAUACAGCCACGGACUUUCCCUCUGCCAAAGCUGCCACACACACAUACACGUACAUACAGCCUCCAGCUGAACUACUCAAGCUGUGAGUGAAUUCUCCGUCUGUGAAGACUCGGUCUACAAAUCGUUUGUAUUGUAAUUCUGAUGAAAAUGACUGUAAAUAAAACACAAUCCUUUUUCAAAGGCA